UGUUUAAUACCCUUGAUGAAUUGGAAUGCACUUGGAUGGAUGCGGGUGUUUUGAUUUCGACACCAACUUCCAGCCGUCCAUGGAUUUGUGAGGAAAUUAGACGCAGUGCCGGUUUGCACGCCCGCUGACCUCGGCAGUCGCAUGUUGGGCUGAACGCGCGUCGUCCGAUGCGAAGAGUCGAUACGCGCCCCACAGCAGUGACCGUUACUCCAUUUUACUGCCACUAACCUAUUUAUUUUCUCAGAGGACACAGUUUCGGGAAAUCCGACGUGGAGGCAGCUGUUGACUUCUGAGAAGUACAGUUACCCCCUGGAUCCCUUCGCUUUUCAGUGUCGCAAACGGGAGUUGAGAAUGGGGACUGUUCCAAAUCCCAAAAGGACCACUACGGUUCAGCUGGCCCCUCAGCUAGCUGUCAGCAACUCCUUGAGAAGAAGGGAUUCAAGCACCAUCCUGGAAAGGGAGAGGAACCAGAAUCUAACGUCAGCAGUGACAUCAAAAUGUAGGCAGGGCGAGGAGAGCUCAGAACCCUUGAGCGCUCUCACGACGUGCGAGCCUCUGGAGGGUGGAAAGUUACGGGCUAGGUGCCCAUCUUACCCAAGCAGACCCGCAAGUGUCAAGAUGGAGAAAGAUGAGGAGACAGGGGCUAGUGAAGGCCAGACAGGUCAAUGCCCGAAUGUCGUGAGGAGCAGCUGCGUGGAUAGUAAUGCUAAUCUUACCACAUUAGCCACUGCUGGGACAGUAGAUGUUUGUAAAGCUGGUCUGCCUGCAUCAGCUGCACCAUCAAAGGUCGAUACACCGACGGACGGCAAAGGAGCGAAAGCUCCAUGUUCUGAAGAAGUGUCGGCAGAAUCAAAAGCACAGAACCUCAGAACGGAUGCGUGUGAGGGGUUGCGGAACAGUAACGAUGGAUCGGCCACGGUUCUGAAGUCGAAUCGCAACUCAAAUCGCGGCUCAAGUCCGCGGAGUAGCUCUUCAGAAGUAUCCCGCAUGCAAGGGAACGCAAACAGCACCAGGGUGGGCUCAGAGGCCGGCACGCCGCUCUCCCAGAUGUCAGAGGGUGGCGCUAUUCUGCCUGGCAUCUCCACCUCUCUGGUCUCCAGCCCCAUGUUUCCAGAACCCCCCCUACAGAGUGCAAAGACAGACGCUUCCGGAACGUCUUUGGUGGGUCGUCAAAAAUCAGAAUGCAAAACAGGGAACAAGUCGUCCGACACUUUGAGAGAUGGGAUGUUAGCGGAACACCGGCACGUGGCAGAGACCACAAAAAAGCUACUACAGCCCGUGGGUCCUGAGAAGGAUGUAAAGAGUCCAGGAGACUCGAAGCCCAUCUCCAAAACGGAUUUGCCAUCAAUGGCUUCACCAAGCAAGAACCCCACAUCUGAGGGGCAAAGACGCAAUGGAGAAUGGUCUCCUACGGAUGUGGGGCACAAAGCUAUCAACGGUAAGGACACCACUGCAGAGCAGAAGCAGGCAAACCUGCAGGGGCGCCAGAAGCAGUAUAAGGAAGCCGCCACCAUGACAGCCUCCGUGGAAUGCUGCCCACCUUCCGUGAAGAGGUGCCAGGAUGCUGAGGUGCAGGCGGUCGCCGAUGUCCGUAGCCAGUCUGCAGGCACCAGCCCCCAUAUGAUUCCCUUCGCUGUGCCGCACAAGCCCAUCAGCACCGCGAAGGAGGAAGCAGAGAGCCUCACCAUCGUCUACCAGGCAAAUGUAGAGUCUCUGUCCUCCGACGAGAUGUCGGCAGGGGGCGUGGUCUUCUGCGACGCAGGGAUCCAGACACUUGUGGCCACACACAUCCACACGGGCCUUCAGCACCGUGCCAGCCUCCAGGCUGUAGACCACCUAGCCGAGAAGGUCAGAUUAGAGGCCGGUUUGUGCGCCAACGUGAGCACCAGCAUCAACCAGUGUCCAGGUUCGGCCUUGCAGCAGGACAUCGGACUGGGGUCCAAAUCAAAUGAACCAGGGCUUCUAUGCAACAUCCAAAAAGCUCUUCCGCCCUUGCAGCCUGUUUAUCAAAUCAACAUCGAGUCUCACCCACCAUCUGACAGCGACCUGCACAAUAAAGGGUUACUCACAACAGCCCCGACUGCAUCUGUGGCACCCCCUAGUGGACAUGCAGCAGAAGUGUCAGACGCAGGUCUGCCCGUAAAACCUGCAACAUCCAAUCAGGCGGUUCCGGCCAUCGCUGCCUCACCACCAAAGGCAGCUGAGGGUCCCUCCGCUGUACCCCCUGCCUUACAAAUGGACCACUGCACACAAACUGUACCUCCUUGCAUGAAAAGGAAUGAAUCAAAAGUGGAUGAUCCACCUCAAUUAAAAAAGCUAUUGGAGGGAGAUGGGGUGGAGCUGAGGAAGGAUGGAGCCGUCAAACAGGCAACUCGCCAACAAGGCAACAAGCCCGACCGAGAGGCGACCGCGAGCCGGGGGCAGAAGAAAAGAGAGCAGGACAAGCGGAAGAAGGACACAGUGGCCGCGAGCAAGUCAAACAAGGGGAAGAGCAUCCACGACGUGGUGUGGGACGAGCAGGGCAUGACGUGGGAGGUAUACGGGGCCUCCGUCGACCCCGAGUCCCUCGGCUUCGCCAUCCAGAGCCACCUACAGAACAAGAUCAAGGAGCACGAGAAUCAGACGAUAUCUCGAAGCUCACUGCGCAAGUCCAUCUCCUCACAGGCCUCGCAGGGGAGGAAGCCCAAGCGUGGCAACCGCAGCGUUUUCCGCUCCAUGCUGCAGAGUGUCCGCCGGCCGAACUGUUGCUCGAGACCGCCCCCCUCCUCGGUGCUGGACUGAAGGAUGGACGGCAGGCGGCCCGGAUGGCGGGCGGCCCAGGCCACAGGCGGGGCGGCCUCGUCGGUGCCGUCUCUGCCGUAGGGAUGCUGGUACAAGAGACUACUUCCAGCGUCCAGCUGAACUCGUACGUCCGAGCAAUCGGCCAGUCAGGAAAGAGGGUGUCCUGCUGAGUGUUUUAUAACCAGUUUAGAUCAUACCACUUGGGGGGGGGGGGGCAAAGAUUUUAACAGUAUUUCAAAAACAGCAAUAAUAUGUAGCAAGCUGCAUGUGAAUUAGUGCUGACAGUAGAUCCCCCCCCCCCAACAUGGACUUGCUCCCAUCCCGCAUAGUACUGUGUACCAUUCAGCAAAUAACUUUUACACACCUUGUGUGACUAAAUAUCGCAUUUCUCUUUACAGUGGAGUGUAUGAAUUUGUUUAAUGUUCCCCAGAAUUUACCGAGUACCCUGAUUUAUAUGUCAAAUUGGUAAGAUUUUUAAUUUCACAUUUCUCUUCGGACUUGGUUAUUUUGUCUCGAUGAGCAGUAGACCACCUUCUCGGCUCUGUGUUUGUCCCAAAGCCGGCCUCCGGACUGGAUGGUGCUGAAUUUAAUCUCAGAUUUCAUGUGAAGGCUUUUCUUACUGGUUAGAGGUUCCUGCAGUAACACAGAGCCAUUUUCCCCCCACACUGAAAGAGGAGAACAUAUUGUGCAACCCUCUGGUCUCCUAAUUACGGGAUGAUUUUUGACUGAGUCAGUUAUGCAUCCGAAGCAAGACCCAAACUGCCAAAGUCUGUUUUUCUAAGAAAGUUUAAAUGUGACAGACUAUCAUAUUAAUCACUCUACCAUGUAUCACUAUUUAUCUUUUAUCCUAA